UCGCGGUCAAAAUUGGAAUUUGGGACUCGCGGACCCUAAACUCGCUCUCUCCUGCUUUCCUUUCUUCACCGGUUUAUUUAUUUCUUUUGUUUUCUAACUUUCGCAAAACUUUCGCGAAUUCGGUCUUUGCGCUCGCCGUGACCACAGGUCUCUCUCUCCUUCCUCCUCCGUCACCAGAGAAUAUGACCCGCGGCAAUCAGAGAGAGCGCGAUCGCGAGAGGGCGCAGGCCCGGAAAGCCGGCGGGAAAGGGAAAGACGAUGGGUUGACUCCCGAGCAGCGACGCGAGAGGGAUAAGAAGGCUCUGGAAGAGAAGGCUGCCAAGAAGGCCGCCGGGGGAGGGGCCUCGACGGACACGAAAAAGAAAGGAACCGACAAAAAGUAACGAGGCUUAUUUAGUUGAGUGUGACGUCAUGUACUCUUAUCUUUUCCGUUCAUCUCCUUUAUGUCUUGCAAGAUUGUGCCCUUUGGAGGUCUGUUUGCGUCUGGUAUAGUUGGUUUUUUGAAUUGAAAACCGUUUGUCAGGAGUUAUAUGUAACUGUCUAGCUUCAAUAAGUUAGCUGUCUGUGCUUGCAUCUUGUUUUGCUA